UAUGUCAAUAACUGUUUCAACAUGUUAACAAAUAUGUGGUUCCCCUUUGAAUAAUAGUACUGCUAAGAACUUGUGGACUUUUUCUAAAUCUGAUAGAUUUGGAAAUUUAGCUAAUCCAGUUAAGUAUAAAUGAUUUAUCUAAUCAUUAUAGCUGCGGUAAAGCAUUUUACGACUUGCCUAGUCAAAUAGAAAAGAGGGCUGCUGGAAUUGGAAAAGGAACGAAGUAAAUCUAACUAUUUAAUUUAAGAACUGAUUUUACAAAAGUGCCAUUUGCAACUCCUUCACCAUAAUAAUAUAACUUAGGUAGCGAUGUCGAAACAAAUCUUAAGAAAUAAAAAGGCAACAAGUUUGGAAUGAGUAGAGAAAAAAUGGCUAGCACUGGCAUCCUUGGAAACUUAAAUUUAAAAACUCCAGGUAAAAUAAAUUAACCAAUCUUACAGCUCCUGGAACAUAUGAUUUAGGAUCUACUUUAAGUGAUAUUCGAUAUACAAUGAGACAGAGACCAAAAACAAACUUUAUGGUAUUGACAAGCAAAGAAAUACCUGGACCUGGAACUUAUGAAUCUUUACCUGCAGUAAAUGCUGUAGGUAAAUACCCUAUAUCAAAAUAUAAUAAUUCAUGUGCAACUUUAUUCAAUCCUAAAAACUCUAAACGCUUUGUUAAAGAUUUUUGUAAAAUUGUAAUACCAUAUUUUAAGCUACUAAUCUUUAUGCUCCUGGACCAGGUACUUAUCCAAUAGAUAAAACAGGGAUUUAAAAAGUAAUUAUAAUCAUAAUGAUAGGAUGGUAAUUACUUCAUUUCUAAAUUCCAUUCAUCUAAUGUAAGAAGUUUUCCAAAAGAAUCUAGAAGAACAGGAUCUGUUGGUAAAGGUAAAGAAAUAAAAUUUAUAAUUCAAAGCUGGCACACCAGCUCCUGGUAGCUAUAGAUUACCUUCCGAAUUCGGUUACUACGAAUCCAGACACAAAGCUAAUAGGAGUGCUGGAGAUAUGGGAGAAAAUAAAGCUUAAUAAUGAUU